AGGGUAGAGCACAGUCACCGAGAACUCAGAACGUUUUUAGACAUGGCUACGUGCGUUAAGUGCCUAUUCCUCAUUUUUUCUUCUAUCUUCUUCGUGUUCGUGAGAACAGACGAUCGCGUGCAUUUCAACGAUGAACACGAGAAACGAUGGAACACACCACCGGAACUGACACCGGAGCAGGUUACCAGGAAAAAGCCGGAGACGAUAAAUGGAAGAGCAGAGGCACGAUUUCUUCCAUUCAGUGCAAGCUUCAGCCUAAACGGUGCCCAGGACAAUAGAGAGGCUUUGCAAUUGGGAGCAGCCCUCGGGGGUAUCAGUGUAUCUCAGAGUUCUAGCUUCUCUAAAGCUGAAGCCAAUUCCUUUGGGAAUGCUGGAUCUUCGCUAUCCGCUAGUCAAUCCUCGUCAUUUGCCGCAGGAUUGACAGGAAUUUCUGCCUCUAACGCUAAUUCAUUCAAUGUAAAUCAUCCUGUUUUCGGUGGGCAAUCAAAUGCCAAUAGCAAUUCAUUCAGUAUUGGCCAAGCGAGUACUUCCUCGCAAGCAAACGCACAAAACGGUCAGGCAAGUUCUGGUUCGCAGGCAUCGAUCGGUUCCGUGCAUUCUUCAGCAUCAUCCAGUAGCAAUGUGCAUGUUCUCUCUGAUGGUCUGAUAAUAGGACAACCACAGGGACCAAGAAAACCGGUCUGGACCAACAUCGGACCUAAUCAUGAUUUCCCCGGCCAUCCUAUCUCUAAUAGACCUACAGUAACCAUUAAAGACCCACCAAUUACCAUUGAACAGAGACGACCGAUAACGUUAACAUUAGGUAAUUACAAUCAACGCUGGCAAAAUAAUAGACCACAGCUUCAAGUGAACGAGUGGCAUCCUAACGGAGAAGUCAACUUUCAAGGACAUCAGUGGAGGCCACAUUCGAAGCACGAGUACGCUCAAGGAUAUCCGUCAAUUCCUAACUCUUGGUUGCAGGGUCAAGGACAGUCAAGUGGAGGUUUACACAUCACUGUACCCUCAGCUGAUUCCAGUGCCUCAUCGAACUCCGGAGUUUAUACUCAAGGACUACAAGCUACUUCGGUCCAUCGGAAUCCCUAUGGACGAAACGAAGGUGGCUUUGUUAAUGUCAAUUCCAUGAGACAAAACGGCCCAUCUGUUGACAUUGUCAAAUUUCCAGGACAAACUAAUGUUCAAAGUAUACCGCGAGAAUUUGUCAGGAGCAAACAAACGUUCGACGGCAAACGUCAAAUAGAAAGAAAGGAUUUCGUUGAAAGUAUCGUGUCAGACAUCACGGAUACAGUAUCGGAUUUAUUAGAUAUUUCGUAAUUUCACUCCUCUUGAUCUAUUGACUAUGUUUUAAUUAUAGCUCAUCCAUUUGACUCCCGAUCGUAGGUAUUCGAUCAAUGAUUAACGAUCCGCCGAUUAUUUCCUUCUUAACGUUAUCCUUACUCCAGGACUCAUUCCGAGAAAUUGAUCCACGUUGAGAGAUACAGAGAAUCAAUAAUUGAUUUUCUCAUAAAUCUCUCUACAGGGAUUAUUUAUCGUGACGUCGCUUUCCAUCGCAUGAAACGUUCUUUAAUUAAAAAUAUGACGAUAUCUGUCGAAAACGAUUUUGAUUCUGCGAAUCAAAGAACGUAUUUUUACGGACAAGAAAAGAAAAGAAUUUUCAUAAAUCAACGAUUAACAAUG